GACUGUGCUGCUGUAGUUCAUCCUCCAGCCAGUAGGUAGAGACGUGUCAUCUCUUUGGUAGGAAAACAUCCAUGAACUGAACAAGCUGAGGAAGACAAUCAAAAUGGCGCUGCUCGGACCAGGAAGACCAGCCAGUAUACUGUCAUCUGUUACUCUCCAGCUACUGCUGAAACUGACAGCAGUCUACUUUGUCUUCUAUUUCCUGUUCACUCUGGGCUUGAUCAUCAGAAAGAGCUUGGUGCUGUCUUAUCCUGCUGAUGCUCUGAUCGGUGAUGUCAGUCUGCUCUUCCUCCUGGCUGCUCUGCAGUUCCUCCAUCUAUUCUGUGGUGUGAAGGGCGACCUGACGGAGAGUGAGGGCUAUAUUCUGGCUAACCUCAUUGUGACGGCGACAGCUUUGCCGCUGAUGGUCUACUUCCUGUUGUGGCAGACGUACGUGUUGCUGGCAGACGUCAUCCUCAGCAGUGUCUUACUCGUUGUAUACAGUGUAGAUGGAUUCGUGGCUUUAAGCACUUUAGCCCGACUGGCCAGUGUCUAUUCAUGAAGAAGCCUUCUCUCCGUCUUCAUGUUGCAGCUGAGCUCGCAGCCCGUCUGCACAGAAAUCAAAGUAACUUUGUCUUUAAGACAGUUUGAAUGUUUGUAAGGUGAAAACUGUUUGUUUGGACUGUUAUAUUUUAUAACUAAAUUAGUAUAAUACUUAAAAUGUGGGGAUAGUUGUCGAAAAACCUGUUCACUUUGGUGCAGUCAGGCCUGUUUGCCAUAGAGACAUAGAAAGAUAUUUGUAUUUUAUUUAAUAUUUCCCUAUGUUCUUCUGUAUAUUUAAAUAGUUUUUUACAAGUGUUGAGGAUGAAUAUCUAUAUUUGUGUUACUAUUGCUUAUUUAUAUUAAACAUACAUUUAAUAAGUU